AUGAAUCCAUUAAAUUCCACCGAACCAAAUUCAAGUUCAACAGAAACACGGACAGCUGAUUUACACAUUUAUGUGAUACCACCAAAUUUAUGGAUUAAUGAUUUAAAUACAGCCUUUGCUCAAGUGAUCAGGAAUACAGUUUCAGCUGGAAUAAUUCGUUCCAAAAUCGAUAUUACUUUAGUUGAAUUUCGUGAAGUUUUGGAGAAGGAACUCGGCAAACAACUCUUACCCAAUGAAUAUAUAUUUUGUAAACAAGUUGGACAUUCACUUGGUCGUAUUCAAUUGAGUCAAGAGAAAUUGUUUAAAAUCAGUGAGUUUCUUCCUCCUCAGUCUGAAUUUUCGGAGAUCUAUGUGAUAGAUCGUCAGGCGGUUGAUGAGAAUCAGAUACAUAAAAAAGAAGUUUACCAACUCGCUGCAACACAACAACAUCAUCAGGUUAGCUUAAUGCCACUUCCUUACUUGGAACAAACGAGACCAACAUCACCAUCAAUAAAACUAGAUGAUUCCAAUAAAGAAACUACUGAUAUACCUAAUCAGGAAAAACAUCUCCAAUCACCAAGUUUUUCUACUUCACAUGGGGAAAAUGUAGCGGUUAGUCAUGAAUUACCUCCUGUGCCAAAUAUUCACCAACAACCUCAACAACAACAACAGCAACAACUAUCAUUGCAAGAUAUCAGUAGACCCAGUUCACAAUUUGACCAAAGAUCAUCUAUUAAUUUGCCAGUUAUUCCUCCGCUACCCAAUCAGUCUAUAAGCAGUUCGCAAGAAUUAGCUUCAUUGCAACCUGAAUUCAUCCCUAGAUCGUUAACACCCAUUAUUCAUACUGGGGAUGCUAGUUUAGAUACUCUUUCAGCAGCAAUUGGUCAUCAGAAAGAUGUUUUACAACGUUUGGAAUAUGAACAACAGAAACGUAUAUUACAAAUGCAAGCAGAAGCAGAAGAGCGUCGUCGGCGUGAAGCUGAACAGUAUGCAAAGGAAUUAGCUAAAAAUGCUGAUCAUGCUAAGCGUAUGGAGGAGUUAGAGAAGGAAUUAAGAAGAUGGACUGAUGAAGCGAAGCAGACACGAGAACGUUUGGAUCAGUUAAAGUUAGCAUGGGAUACUGCAUUGAAAUCAAAAGAAGAAGAGAUUACUACUUUAAAACAAGGUUUAGAAUUAAUGAAAAAGAGUAGAGAUGUAACAGAUGGUAAACCUACUGCAAGAGAAAUUGCGGCACAAACAGAAAUACGCCAACUUCAAAUUCAAUUAAGUGAAAUGAAAGAAAAUUAUAAACGUGUUAGGAAAGAAUUAGAAGAUAGACGGAAAGCUGCAGACGCUAGAAUGGAUGCUGUAGGAGAUGAGUUGAAGGAUUUGAGGCGAAAAAUGUCAGAUGUACACGCAACGUUAAAAGAACCUAAACCUGUACAAAUUACAGUUAGUUCAAAGUCCAAAUCUGUCUGUGACGCUGGGACAGAAGCAGUAGAAUUUGAAGUUAAAAAGUCGCCACCACCUAAAAUUAAAAUCAAAAAACGUAUGGUUCAAAUGGAUUCUGAUGAUGAUGUAGAAAAUCUACAGCGUUUAAGACGUCUUCGAUUGGCUGCAGAAAAACGAAGAAUAGAAUUAGUUAAACGUUUGCACAGUUUAUAUGUGAGCUUGGGUACCAGAAGAACACAAGCUCGAGAUGAAUGGAAACGUCGUUAUUAUUCAGCUAAGAAACAAGCACCAAAUCUUGAAUCAAGAAUGAAUGGACAUAGAGGUGAUUUAGAAUCAUUAGUUAGAAGGACGAUUUCCACUUUAAAACACAGUGGAACGGAAUCUGCCGAGGUUCAACAUCUCGCAGAACAAAUGGAGAAACGUCGAGCUGUAACAAGAGAGGAAUAUAAAUUAGCUGAAAUUAUGCUCAGUUUAACCAAAGCAAUUCGACUCCGAUCACAGGCUGAAACAGAGGGUAGGCUUCUUAACGCUGAGUUGGACCGUAGGAGAGGGGAACUGAGUUUAGUCAAGUCUACAUCACCAAGCCGAAGAGCAUAUGCAUGCUCUUUAUCGCCUAGACGAAGAACAAUACGGGAAUCUAGGGACGCUGCCAGCCUAAAGUCUAACGGACGACGCACUGCAACGUCGUAUGAACGGCAACACAAACAUGCCAAUUAUAAAAGUUUAUCUCCAAAUCGAUCUCCAAAUGAACAAUCAUCACAAGAAUCAGGUAGUCAGGAUGACAUGAAGGUUCCAUACAGAACGAGAACAAUAUAUAGUCCGAAAGAACCAAUUCAAGUCCACGGAUCAGAUGUCCGGAUCAAAACCCCGGAUUUUGAAGUAUCUGUCCACUCUGGCAAUGAAUCAACUUAA